AUGGCUAGUGAUGCCAGAACCUCGCAUGACAUGACCAUUGACCAAGACUUCAUAUCGAUUCCUCGUGGACCAAGCUCGCCUAUUGACAACGAGACUUUGGAGUUGAUGCAUCAUUUCCACCAGAACAUUUCUGUAAAGUUGGCUUGGGUUGAUGUGCCAACGAACCCAUGGAGGAAAGUCAUUAUACCUCUAGCCUGGGCCUCAGAAACGGUGCUGUAUGCUGUGCUAGCACUUUCAUCCGAGGAUCUGGCGUCCAAAUUUCAGCAAGAUCAUCGCCGCCAUCAACAUUUGCAAGGGGUGUCGCUGCGAUUACGAAACCAGGCCUUGUCCUCAUUGGCAAAGCAAAUUGGCCACAUGAGACAGGAGGCUUCUAUUGCGGGUCUCGCACCGAAAAAAGUACAAUAUGCUUUGGCCUCUGCGCUUCUGCUUUACAAUGUUGAGUUGCUUGGAGCAGAGUCUGUCAAAUGGCGGAUGCAUCUUCAGGCUGCUCGAGUGAUCCUUCAAUGGAAGGAACAGGCCUUUCCACACGCAACCAUCUCCGAUGAAAUCGAUUCUUUUCUGCUCUAUGAGCAAUAUUAUGCCAGUGUCUUUGCGGGGCUCACCACAUUUGAUAUGCCGUAUGAGUUGGAGGACACCCGAUAUACCGACAGCAGCGCGGUCUUCAGCGACUUUGUGCAUAUCAUCCACCGAGUGACCCGAAUCGAGCGACUGCGAUAUAGUCAGAGAUACGACACGGAUCCAACCUUGGUUGCCAUCAUGACACAGCAGCUAGAUGAAGCCAAACAUCGCAUGGUUCAAUUGGGUCAAAUGUUCCAAUUUCAAACUGAAGAUGCCCGGGUAGGCUAUCAGCACCUUGUCUAUAUCUUCUAUCAUGCAAGCCUGAUAUACAUCUAUCAUGUGCUAGCGAGCGAUCUUUCAACGGGUACCCAGGUUCAGUCAUUGCGAGAUUCAAUCCUAGACCACUUGGAGAUUCUCGCCGACAAGCGCGCUUUCGCUCAUGAUCUGGUCUGGCCUCUUUUUAUUGCGGGAACCGAAUGUCGAGGCGAUCCGGAGAAACAGGAAAUUGUCUCCCGAGAAAUCGAAAUUGUGAUGGCAAUCAGCGGUACAUUGGAUCGACGCAAAGUCCUGUCAUUCUUGCGGCAGUUCUGGUCCCUGGGAAAGGAUAGCACUAUGACAUGGAUUCAGCUCAUGAGGGAGCAGGCGCCAGAUUACCGUAUGCUUAUUCUAUGA